AUGAGUUCUCUUCGGUUCCUCGAUCUCGUCAAGCCCUUCGUGCCGUUCCUCCCAGAGGUUCAGCAGCCCGAGAGCAAGAUUCCCUUCAACCAAAAGUUGAUGUGGACGGGCUUGACGCUGCUGAUCUUCCUGGUGAUGAGCCAGAUGCCGCUGUACGGCAUCGUCUCGUCCGACUCGUCGGACCCGCUGUACUGGCUGCGCAUGAUGAUGGCCAGUAACCGCGGCACCUUGAUGGAGCUGGGUAUCACGCCCAUCAUCUCCUCGGGCAUGGUCUUCCAGCUCCUGGCAGGCACCCACAUGAUCGACGUUAACCUCGACCUCAAGUCGGACCGCGAGCUCUACCAGUCGGCCCAGAAGCUCUUCGCCCUGAUCCUGUCGGUUGGUACUGCCACCGUCUACGUGUUCACUGGUCUCUAUGGCCCCCCGAGCGAGCUCGGUGCCGGCAUCGUCUUCCUGCUGAUCCUCCAGCUCGUCUUGGCCGGCAUGAUCGUCAUUCUGCUCGAUGAGCUGCUCCAGAAGGGCUAUGGUCUCGGCAGCGGUAUCUCGCUCUUCAUUGCCACCAACAUCUGUGAGUCGAUCAUGUGGAAGGCUUUCUCGCCUACCUCGAUCAACACUGGCCGCGGCCCGGAGUACGAGGGUGCUGUCAUUGCUCUCUUCCAUCUGCUCAUGACCUGGCCCAACAAGCAGCGUGCUCUGCAGGAGGCCUUCUACCGCCAGAACCUGCCCAACAUCAUGAACCUGCUGGCCACCAUUGUCGUCUUCGCCGCUGUCAUCUACCUCCAGGGCUUCCGCGUCGAGAUCCCCGUCAAGUCCUCUCGCCAGCGCGGUGCUCGUGGCUCGUACCCCGUCCGUCUCUUCUACACCUCCAACAUGCCCAUCAUGCUCCAGAGUACCCUGUCGUCCAACAUCUUCCUUAUCAGCCAGAUGUUGUACUCUCGGUUCUCGGACAACCUGCUCGUCCGUCUCUUCGGCGUCUGGGAGGCCAAGGACGGCUCUUCUCAGCUCUCGGCUGUCUCGGGUCUGGUCUACUACAUGUCUCCCCCUCUCAACUUCAAAGAGGCUCUCCUCGACCCCAUCCACACUUUCGUCUACAUCGCCUACAUGCUCACCGCCUGCGCCAUCUUCUCUAAGACCUGGAUCGAGGUCUCUGGCUCCAGCCCCCGCGAUGUUGCCAAGCAACUCAAGGACCAGGGUCUCGUCAUGGCCGGCCACCGCGACCAGAGCAUGUACAAGGAGCUCAAGCGCGUCAUUCCCACUGCGGCCGCCUUUGGUGGUGCUUGCAUUGGUGCGCUUUCUGUUGCCAGCGACCUCAUGGGUGCGCUCGGCUCCGGCACCGGUACCCUGCUUGCUGUCACCAUCAUCUAUGGUUACUUCGAGAUUGCUGCCAAGGAGGGUGAUCUGGCUGGCAUGAAGGGUAUGAUCAUGGGUUAA